AUGAGCGUCUCCCCAAAGACAGAAGCACCUAGCCAGAGAAGCAGCGUUCAUUACUACGACGGAGAUGAUUCGGGAGAUCUGCUGGUCACUGUAGGGACGACGGAAUUUCGCGUACACAAACUGCUUCUCUAUCUUGCGUCCGAGAUGUUCAGGUCAAUGUUCGCUUGCAAAGUUUCCCAGGACGGGCCUUUGGACAAUCCCAAGCCGAUCGACUCGGUAACACUUACGGACAUGACUGCAGACGAAUUCAACGAUCUAUUAAUGUUUGUCUAUCCACAUACAACUCUUGACAUAAGCUGGUCUAAAGUACCGUCUUUGUUAUCGAUUGCCGACAAAUACAUCAUGUCGAACCUGACCGAGUGUUGUCUCCGAUUCAUUGAAACGAAUUUUCUGGAUCGAACAUUGGACACGCUUAGUCUUGCUGAUCGGGCUUUAACCGCUUUUAGUUCCUCUACUGAGCAUAGAAAAAGGUUCUCAAUUUUGUACAAAGAGUCUUCCAAGUACGUUCUAGACGAUAUCAGACUUACAUUCACAGAGUCUCUUCCCGCGGAUUUGUCUAAUCAAACACGUAACAAGCUUAUCGAAGCGAGAUGCAGAUACUUGGAAGGCUUGGGUGCGAUCUCUAAGAUAUCUCUCUCUUCUCUGAAUAUUCAGCAGUCCUCGACAGCGGCGCGCGUCUUAAAGAGCGGUAUUAUUGAGAUUUGCAGUUUUCCCCUCCGACCGCCCUCUGCAGUAUGGGACAAAUUACAUGAUGUGUUUGAGAAGGCACACAUGGACGCUCUACAGGAGAAACUGAAUACGAAAAUUGAGUCGUUGUUGGGACCAUUCGAAGCGGCAGCAAUGUACGACGACGAAAAUAGUUACAUGUUUGUUGAAUAUUCAUGA